AUGUCUUUGAUUCACGCCGAUAACCUCCCACCCCAGCCGGUGACGGACAUCUUCACCAACGACACAUGCAUUGAUAGACGAAAGUGCCACCGCACCGUGCCCAUGAAGGUGCUGGCUCUCGGUGUGGGAAGAACAGGAACGGCUUCCCUUCGCAUUGCGCUGGAGCGUCUGGGAUAUGUCAAGUGCUACCACAUGAUGUCCGCCAGUAUGGAGAACCCUCCGGACUGCCUCAUGUGGCACGAUGCCCUCUGCGCCAAGUACGAUGGCGUUGGUGAAUUCGGCCGCAAGGAAUGGGACCAGCUACUCGGAGAGUGCCAGGCUGUGUGUGACUGGCCCGCCUGUGCCUUUGCGAAGGAGCUGAUCGAGGCCUACCCCAACGCGAAGGUCAUUCUGACCACCCGCGAUGUGGAUUCGUGGCAUGCUUCCGUCAUGAAGACCGUGCAUUGGCGUGUGUCUGACCCGGAGCACCGCUUUGUUUCCAACUUCAGCUGGGCUGCCGGCAUGUACUACCCCAUGCUGAACAAGUUCUUCGAGACCUUCUUCCGCGGGGACUUCCCCAACAAGGGCAAGCAGGUGUACCUGGACCACGUCGAGGAAGUCCGCAGCCUGGUGCCCCCCGAGCGCCUGCUGGAGUACAAGAUCAGCGAUGGCUGGGGCCCUCUUUGCGAGUUCCUCGGCGAGGAAGUUCCCGACACCCCCUUCCCCCGUGGCAACGACAUGGCCGACUUCUUCAAGCGUUGCCGUGGCCGCAACCGCCGCCAGAUGCUGAACGCCGCCCUGCAGGCCUUCACCAUGGGUGGUGCGCUCAUUGCAACCGGAUUCGCCGCUACCAUGGCCUUCAAGCGGUUCUCUCGGUAA